CAUCUCAGAUAGCUUGAUUUCCGUCUGAUAGUACUGAAGCAACACCAGUGUGUGUUCUUCUGUAUAAACCUGAACGGAGAGAAAAUGGCGUACAAAGUUUUCCUGUCUGUACUAUUUGUUCUGGUCUCUGUGGCGUCAGGAAAAUACUUCCAUGAUGCAUUUGACACCAAGUAUUCCAAGAAUGACAUGGCAAUUGAGGCGCCCGAGGUACACCAGCUGUUGUCAAGGAGUCACUUCAGUGAUAAGUCCGUCUUCAAGCUGAACCACAUGGUCAAACUUAAACUCCACCAUCAUUACCUCUACCGCGGAUAUGCCCACUACUUCAAGACUGUAGAUGUGGUUUUGCCUGGCUUCCAUUCCUUCUUCAAGAGCCUGUCUGAUGACAAUCUGGAACACGCAGACCGCUUCAUGAAAUACCUGAACAAGCGCGGGGGCAGGAACAUCCAUGACUACCCAAUCAGGAUUCCGGACUCAUGCGAGACAAUUGAACAAGGGCUCACAGAGUUGGACGCAAAAAGAGGAGCUUGUAUCUGUCAGUACAUAUCCGCGGGGAUCACCCAAAAGAUUGGCAAGGCCAAGGGAUGCAAGGACACUCCGCUGGAAUGGUUUAACGGGCUACAAGGUUUGGAGGACGCUCUGAUUUCCGAGAGACAUAUUAACAAUGAGUUACUGCUCCUUCACGAAAAUGCGAAUGACCCACAUCUGGAGAUGUUCCUGGAGACACAUUACUUGGGUCACAGCGUAGACACAAUCAGCAAGCUGGCCAACUACAUCACACAGCUAAAGAAGGUCGGAGCAGGUCUCGGUGAAUACGUCUUUGACAAGUCCCUGUAGAUCUGACUGCUCAUUCCCAGCAGGAAGUAGCCACCAAGUUUCAAAAGCCACGCAACGUUUGAGUGUGGAAGAAUUCCUGCUUGAAGGAAGCCGACUAUUCAUCUGAUCGUCUGUGGACAGCUUUACAUCAAGACAGAGAGUGCAGAUAUUCGGUUGUCAAACCCAAAGUGUAUUUGAAAAUAAAAACACGUGUAAUACUU